CCCUAAGCCCGUCGCGACUUUGUCCACGAUCAUCAUCGUUGACCGAGCAUUGCUCGCGGAUCUACAAUUGCGCUUCUUAGCUAGGCCAACUUACUGGCACUUGGACCCACUUGGACCCACAGUUGCCCCACUCAACAAUAUUGAUCUUCGCUGUCAUUUUUGGGCAGCCAGAACCCAUGUCGAUCCUUCAAAACACUAAUAAAAGAGCACUCCGCAAAGCGAUCACCACGACCCUUCGGGAAUUAUCCCAGUCCGAUAUCCAGUCGCAAUCACAGGCAAUUACCGAAAAGGUUCUGUCUCUAUCCGCAUUCCAGCAAUGCAAGACUGUCAGCUGUUAUCUUAGCAUGCCAGCAGCUGAGGUUCAGACGACUUCUUUGAUCUUGAACAUUCUUGGAGAUCUAGGGAAGACGUUAUUCGUUCCUAGCAUCACAUCCAAAGAUGGCUCUAUGGACUUUGUACGAGUGUAUACCGAAGAAGACUAUCGCAGUCUUCCAUCCGGUCUAUGGGGUAUUCCAGAACCGACGCCAGAAUGGUCGGGUAAAAAACGCCAAAGUGUUUUCGAUGCAGACUGCGACAAUUUGGAUCUAAUCCUCGUGCCAGGUGUUGCCUUUGAUCCAUCACUCUCGCGGCUCGGGCAUGGAAAAGGCUACUAUGAUCGAUUCAUAACAUCAUAUUCUUCCUCUACUGAACGAUCGAGGCCAUUGCUAGUCGCUCUAGCAUUGGAGCAGCAACUUUUGGAACACGGACAAGUGCCGAUGUUCGACCAUGAUUGGAAGAUGGAUAUGAUUAUCACACCCGACAAGAUUAUCACUGCACCUCGAGCUUAGGAUGGAUACCGAGAUCCGCAAGGAACGGUGGAGAACGCUU